UGCCUGUGAUGUAGUCUCUGUUCGUUUUAGUUUCAGUCACCGUUGCAGCGUCCGCCUGCGUUCAUCAUAAGUGAACUUGAUGAUCACAUCAUCUCAUUUCUAGUACUCUAUUUAUCUCAAGUUAUAUAAAUAACAUUCCUUAUUUUAUUGCCCGAGAAGCCGAUUGUUAUUUAACCCUAAUGUGAACAUUUACGUGUAAUUUCACUGUCAAUUUUAAAUUAAAAAAAAAAAAUAAACUUUUUUUAGUAUUUUAUAAUUAACAAAUUAAAUAUUACGAUGGGUCUAUAUCAGAUAGGCUUGUCCGCAGUGAUUGCAUUUAUUGCCGCGUAUCUUUUUACCGGAAGUCGAUGGCGCACAUUGUUUAUUAUUUACAAAACUCUACCGAGAGAUAUAACCGGAGCAUUUAGAUUUUUAAAAGUAAAUUUUUUACUGUGGUAUUGGGAAAAGCGUGGGUUUACAGUCGCUAAAUUGUUUAAGAGACAAGUCAAAUCAAAUCCAAACAAAAUAGCAUUGAUGUACGAAAACCAGGAGUGGACUUAUAAGCAGUUAGAUGAUUUUAGUGAUCGAUUAGCAUAUUCUGUUCGCACUCAACCUAUCAAGAGUGGUGAUAGUGUUGCCUUACUUAUGGCAAAUCAUCCGGAUUAUAUUGGAAUUUGGCUGGGAUUGAGCAAGGCUGGUUUUGUUACUGCCCUAAUCAAUACCAAUUUACGGAAAGAUGUUCUAAUUCACAGCAUCAAUGCUGCCGAGUGUAAAGCUAUUAUUUUUGGAGCUGAAUUCAAAGAUGCAAUUGAUGAAAUAAGAACAAAAAUACCUAAUAUAAUUUUGUACCAGUGGUCAGAAGAUGAAAAAACACCAAUUUUGGAAAAUGCGAUUGAUUUAAAGAGCUUGAUAGCUAGAAAUUCAGUCGAUUCUAUCAAUAUUGACAUAUCGUUCGGUCAUCCUCGGGAUAAAUUAAUUUAUAUAUAUACAUCCGGAACCACAGGAAUGCCUAAGGCUGCGGUUAUUAAUAAUCUCAGGUAUAUGUUGAUAUCUUGCGGUGUAUACUACAUGCUUGACCUUCGACAGACGGAUCGUAUUUACGAUUCACUGCCACUGUACCAUUCAGCAGGUGGUAUUGUUGGCGUUGGUCAAGCACUUUGCACUGGAGUAACCGUGGUGUUGAAAAAAAAAUUCAGCGCUUCAAAAUUCUGGGAUGACUGUAUUCAGUACGAGUGCACUGUUGCUCAAUACAUCGGAGAAAUUUGUCGGUUUUUACUAUCAGUUCCGGCCAGCCCUAAUGACACUAAUCACAAAAUCCGGCUUAUGUUUGGCAACGGGUUGCGACCUCAAAUAUGGGAGACAUUCGUUAAACGAUUCCAGAUCAAACAGAUUGGUGAAUUCUAUGGUGCGACUGAGGGAAAUUCAAAUUUAGUAAAUAUUGAUAACCGGGUAGGUGCCGUCGGGUUUUUACCUAAAUUCGCUGGUCGCUUAUACCCCGUUAAUCUGUUGAGAAUUGAUGAAGAGACUGGCGAGCCAAUUAGACGAAAUGGAUUGUGUGUUCCCUGCAAAGCAGGCGAGCCCGGAAUAUUUGUUGGGAAGAUAAAUCCCAAGAAGGCAGUGAAUGAUUUCAGUGGGUACGCUGAUAAAAAAGAGUCGGAGAAAAAAAUUCUGUAUGAUGUUUUCAAAAAAGGAGACCGCGUUUUUAACUCGGGUGAUAUUUUAGUAAUGGAUGAGCUCGGGUAUUUUUAUUUUAAAGACAGAAGAGGAGAUACCUACAGAUGGAAGGGCGAGAAUGUCGCUACCGCUGAAGUGGAAGCUGUUAUCAGUAAUAUUUUCAGUUUAAAAGACGCUGUAGUUUAUGGGGUUGAAAUUCCCGGAAAUGAGGGUAAGGCUGGAAUGGCUGCAAUAUAUGACCCUGAAAAUUCAUUAAAUCUUAAAGAGUUGGCAGAAGGUAUAAAAAAAGGAUUACCGUUAUACGCCAGACCACUUUUUAUUAGAGUUUUAUCACAACUACCUCUUACAGGUACUUUCAAACUUCAAAAGCGUGAUCUACAAAGAGAGGGAUACGAUAUUACAAAGGUAAAGGAUCCCAUUUAUUUUUUGGACAAGACCGUCAGCUAUGUACCAUUUACUGAGCAGUUGUAUCAAGAGUUACUAGCAGAUAAACUUCGAGUCUGAUUGUAGAUAAUUUUUAUUGAAAAUAAUAAUUCAGAAAUUAAAAAUUAUUGUUAUUACAUCUGAUGAUUGGCAGGAAAUAUCUCUCAAUUAUAGAAAUUAUUGUAUUUCACAUCACCAUUAUGUGUUGUAAUAGAAUUAUAUUUAUACUUCAGAUAUAUUUUUAUAAUUUUUAAAAUAGUUAUUAUUUUUUUGAAUAAAUAUAGUCUAGAUUUAAAAGUUUUGCUCAGCUAAAAGACAAGAAACAAACAAAAAGUAAAUUAAUUUUUAAGUAAAAAGCUCAAAUGAAUGAAAAUGUUCGGUCCAUUCUAGUGAUUUUAAAUAUUUUCACAACAAAUUAGAAAACGAAAGUGGGCUGUGUAUAAAAUUUUAAAAAGACAUAUAAAUUAAAUUUACGGUAAAAGUUUUAUAUAAAUAUUUACAUUAGCAUUAAGAUAUAUUUGUUCAUUUUUUAAUGAAAAAAACAAAUGUAAUACUCUUCUAGGCAACUAAACAAUUAUAAGCGAUUAUGUUAUUGUUAAAAAUAAAAAUGUGUACUCUGACAA